CUGGCUGAAGGUCUUGCUUCAAAUCCCGCUCACCUGACAGAGCUGGAUCUCAGCAAAAAUGGAUUCAGCGACAAAGGAGCGGAGCUGCUUGCAAAGGUUCUCAACAAAUGUGACUUGGAAACACUGAGGCUGAGUGAGUGUGACAUUACAGAAAAUGGAUGCAAAGCUCUGGUGUCAGCUCUCAGAUUAAAGCCGUCUCGCCUAAAAAACCUGGAUCUGAGCAAGAACAGCUUCAGAAGCUCGGCGGUGACUGAGCUCUCUGACUUCCUGAAGCACCGCGACUGCCAUCUGCAGCGAUUGUGGCUUUUUAGAACAAACUUGGAGAUGGAAGACACAGCAGCUGUAGCCUCGGCCCUGGCUGAGAACCCUUCCUACAUCAAGGAACUGGACCUGGGUGGGAAUCGACUUCGUGAUGCAGGGGUGACAAAACUUUCCCUCCUGCUGAAGGAUCCCAAAUGCACAAUAGAUGUGCUGAGACUUGUCGGCUGCCGUUUUGCGGAGGAGGGCUGUGUUGCGCUGGUGUCCAGUCUGAAGUCGAACCCCGCCCACCUCAGAGUCCUGGACCUGGGAAGAAAUGACAUCAAAGACCGUGGUGCCGAGAACCUUUCCGGGUUCUUGGAAGAGCCACGGUGUCAACUGGAGACCCUGAGAAACACAUUCACAGACGGUAAUUCCUGUUUAAUAACUGCAUUUGACUUUUUUCCUCGUAGCCUUCGCUGCUGCUCAUUAACAGCGGCCGGCUUUCGGUCUUUGAUCGGCCCUCUCAGCCAAUCAUCGACUCUCAAAGAGCUCGACUUGACAUUCAACAAACUCCUGGACCAGGAUGUGAAGCUGCUCUGUGACUGGCUGAAAACCCCCCAAUGUAGCCUGGAAAUACUGAGGUUGUCAGAUUGCUCGGAGGUUGGCUGUGAAGCGCUGGCCUUAGCUCUGAUGUCAAAACAUUCCCACCUGAGGGAGUUGGAGCUCAGCAGGAGUCGACCAGGGGAGGCAGGCCUGAGGCUGCUGGAGGAUUUACGGAAAACAUUACAGAAGCUGACCGUGACUGAAUGA